UUUUGACGUAACGCUUUACCGGAAACGUGAUGCCGCGCCCGGAAGUCUUGCUUCUUUACGUCCGGUUCAGUUUGUGAUUGUUUGGUGUCGUGUAAAGUUUUUAUUUUUCAGUUUGAUCGUCAUAAUCGCGUUUAAAAAGGGAAAGCAAACAUGACCGAGGAUGUACAGAAGCACUCAGUGCACACACUCGUGUUUCGCUCUUUAAAGAGGACUCAUGAUAUGUUUGUGGCGGAUCAUGCUAAACAAAUAGCGCUGGACGACAAAAGUCACAAGAUGAAGUUGGCAGCAAAGAUGAGAACAGAGUAUGGACCUGUGUUACACAUGCCUGUACUGAAAGAGGGAAGAGACAAAGGUCCGCUCCACGCCUCUGAUCCAUAUGGCCAGCCAGAAUAUCCUCUAUCUGAUGCUACUCCAGAUUACCUGGUGACAGGCACGCAUCCAUACCCAUCUGCUCCAGGUGUUACCCUCACUGCAGACACACAGAUGCAGAAGAUGCCCAGUGAAGCAGGCGUUCACUCCAUGGCUCUUGCCCUUCCUCCCUCUCAAGCAAGGUUGGAUGCUGGUCGAACUGCAGCCAGUGUGGCAGAUAUUCACAGACACGCAGGAGGUGCAGAAAGGUCUCGCCCUCCACAGCAUGCACUGUCUCUUGUAGAAGGGGGCACCAAAACUUCUGCGCUGGUGCCAAGAAGGGCUCCUACAAUGCCCAAACCACAAUGGCAUCCACCAUGGAAACUCUACAGGGUUAUUAGUGGACAUCUUGGUUGGGUCAGAUCUAUAGCAGUGGAGCCUGGCAACCAGUGGUUUGUGACUGGAUCAGCAGACAGAACUAUAAAGAUCUGGGAUCUUGCCAGUGGUAAGCUGAAGUUGUCUCUAACUGGUCACAUCAGUACAGUGCGAGGUGUGGCUGUCAGCACACGCAGCCCGUACCUCUUCUCCUGCGGGGAGGACAAGCAGGUUAAAUGUUGGGAUCUAGAAUAUAACAAGGUUAUAAGACACUAUCACGGUCAUCUGAGUGCAGUCUAUGACCUUGAUCUCCACCCCACAAUUGAUGUGCUGGUAACCUGUAGUCGAGAUGCCACGGCGAGAGUUUGGGAUAUCAGGACCAAGGCGAAUGUCCACACUCUUACUGGACACACUAACACAGUAGCCACAGUCAAAUGUCAAAGCGCUGAGCCACAGGUUAUUACAGGCAGUCAUGACACAACCAUUAGACUCUGGGAUCUGAUUGCUGGCAAGACUAGAGCCACUCUGACCAAUCACAAGAAAUCUGUGAGAGCGUUGGUCCUUCAUCCCAGACAAUACACCUUUGCCUCUGGUUCUCCAGACAACAUUAAGCAAUGGAAAUUUCCUGAUGGAAACUUCAUUCAGAAUCUUUCAGGACAUAACGCUAUUAUAAACACACUGGCUGUCAAUUCAGAUGGAGUAUUGGUGUCAGGAGCUGAUAAUGGCACAAUUCACAUGUGGGACUGGAGGACUGGCUAUAACUUCCAGAGGAUUCAUGCUGCGGUGCAGCCAGGUUCUCUGGACAGCGAGUCUGGAAUCUUUGCAUGCGUAUUUGACCAGUCUGAGAGUCGACUCAUAACAGCAGAGGCUGACAAAACCAUUAAGGUCUACAAGGAGGAUGACACGGCAACUGAAGAAUCCCACCCAGUUAACUGGAAACCUGAAAUUCUCAAAAGGAAACGAUUUUAGAUUUUUGUUGUAUUACAUUUUUCUAUAUUGAAGCUUUGAUUUUGGUUACAUUUACAUGUUGUCUAGAUGAUUUACAAAAUACUGAUGCUUAUAGCAUGAACAAAUGUCACACUCAUUUGUCAGUAUAAGUAAUUGUAAAAGGACUUGUCGUAAGGUGCUGCUUUGUCUUCUAUCUGCAUAACAAAAGCAUGUAUGUGACCAGUCCUACCAAUUUUUCAUUGUAAUAAGCAAGACAUUGUUUUGGAACUCAUUGCCGUUAACCAUUAGAAUCCAAUACUUAAAGUGCACAUGGUCAGAGAUUUAAAAAAAAUAAACAAUUGUUGUUUUUUUAUUUGUGCAUAUUUUUUUUACAAUUCAGCCUUUUUGAUAAAGGCCAUACAUGUAAUUUUACAUACCAUACCAUUUUACAGUAAAAGCCCAAUAGUAAAACAAAUCUGUCUACCCUUUAA